GCUGGGCCGAGGCGCGACUAUGAUGAUGGGAUUCAGAGUGCGGCUCCAUUCGCAUUCACCACACCGUGCAUCAGCCCCCCUGCCCCCCUCUCUUCUCACCGACACUAAUUCAGCUUCUUCGCUAUGCACGCUCCUCACUUUCGUACGUACGCCGAAUAUGCAGUUCUUUGACGAUAGGGAUGACGGUUUAGGUGCUUGUUCGGAGAUGCGCCAGCGGAUCACAGACAGCAAGCAUGUCAUUCGCCCGCCGUAUCCUCUCUGUCAGUCUUUAGGUGGUGUGUGGGCCCGAGAAGACGCGUACUCGCCGCCCAGCCAUCCUUCUUCUGGUCUUUCUCGAACUAUCAUUUAUCUCAAGCGAUGCACAUCAUGCCGACAGGUUCAUCCAUUCUCGAACAUGCAAGGAUGCUUGCCGAACGUGACCGAUCCACAUCACACAAAUAUACCUACGGACAGCGAAGAGGCUGGUGGACGGCUUGACGUCCAUCUGUAUAAGUCGAGACAUUCAUGAUAACGUACAAGCGCGAGGUCAGCCUCUUCGAUGGUCGCCUCCUUGUCCGAGACGGUGUGUGUCAUAGUUCUCAUUCUAUAGUCGCUCAAAACCUUUCAGGUCAAUCUUUCUUCACGCCUGUAGCUUAGGAUGCGCGAGUUUGCAGCUCGACAAUAG